GACUGAUUUGGGACAGAAUGUGACUAUAAACUGUGAUCUGGAUGAUGAGGACGUUUAUUGGGAUUUACAGAAACAAUCAGAUUCUCCUACAGUGAUACUGCGCUCAUUCUCAAACCCAACAUUAGCCUUUAACUUCAAUAAAACAAAUAUUUAGUACAAUCUAAACAUCGUCUGGUCAUAUAUAACGUCACUAUAGAUGAGUUAGGAGUUUAUUACUGUAUGAACAAAGAUACACCUCCAAAACUCAGUCACAGCACACGACUGAACAUCAUUGAACCAGCUGAACGAAGCGAGUUCAAUACAACUGAAUGCAAGAAUCACACAAAUGUAACAGAGCAAAACUCAACACAAUUGAAGACUUUUACUCUCAUAUCAGGUCUGCUGAAUGCUGUUCUGAUCAUUACAGGAUUCUUAAAUGUUGUUUCUGCUGAAAAUGGAUGUUGGAACAGAUCUGGAAACAGUUCACAACUUUAUAACACUGAACUGCAGCAGACACAACAUUUAAAAGAGCCUCAAGACCCAAAUCAAUUACAGUAUGUGACAGUGGUUUUCCAAGCUGUUUAAAAUAUUAAGACCAGCCAGAUCAACAGCACCUACUGUAUGUUGCUAAAAAGCUGCCAAAGGGUUGUAUGGACAGGGAUGGACAGGGAGGAUUGGGCCGAAUCCAUGCUGCUUCGACAGUAAAAGGCAAAGAAAGGCUUCACUCAAUCCUCAUUAAAGUUCUGAAAGCAAGAAUCCAAAAUGCGAUUUAUCAUGGCAGUGAUGAGAGGUCUUGUGCUUCUAUUCUUGGUCUUUUCUGUGGAGAAUGCAGCAGCUGAUGACUGUCCAUUUGGAUGGACUCCUUUUGGAGUUGAAUGCUUCAAGUUAAUCCUUCAGGAAGUUGAUUGGGUCGGAGCAGAGAAAAAUUGUCAAAGCCUUGAUGGAAAUCUUGCGUCUGUGCGCAGUAAAGCACAAAAUGAUUUUCUCCUGAGUCUGGUACCUGUUAACACAAAUGUUUGGAUUGGAGGUCAUGAUGCUGAAAUGGAAGAACAAUGGCUGUGGACAGACGGAUCUCCAUUUGACUACAGCAACUUGUGCAAUGGUCAACCUGACAAUUAUAAAGAUUCUGAGCACUGCCUGCAGAUAAACUGGAGCAGUAAUGGUUGCUGGAACGAUAACCAAUGUGGUAUCGAACAAGGUUACGUUUGUGCUCGAAACCCCUGAUGAGAAUUCUGCAUACAGUACAUCUUCAACAUUUUACCAUCAUAUAAUCUCUAAACUUCCAUCACUUGAAAUACGUCUCAAAGCAAUAAAAGCAUUAAAAAAUCUAA